AUGAGUAGCAGUUCAAUAAUUUUUACAGAGCCAUUUUCAGAAAGAAAAAAAAAGGUAUUUAUAGAGUAUAGAAAAAAUGAUAGAAGAUCUGAUCUUUCAAACGUGUCCCAUAUUGGUAUGUGUGCAUGCGUGUAGAUUACGGGCUUCACACGCGUGUGAGUUCCGCUGACUUCCGGUGGACGUUAUAAAUUUCGCUCUCUGACUUCCCUCCAUUUAGCUACGCAUUUCGUUAAUCUCCGCUCUCAAAAAGCCAACACUCUCUUCUAACAAACAACUCGAUCUUCCUCUUCAAGAAUCAAAGAAAAGAAAGAAUUCUAGAAAAUCAAGAAAUCAGGGAAGGAAUCAAGAUUCGAGAGAGAGAGAACUCUCCAAGACCCAAUCUCCAAUCUCUCCAUCUUCGCGUUUGGUAGGUGAGAGCAAUUGGUACUUAUCAAUCCCACCAUCAUCCCUAUAUUGCCCUCUACCUGUUUGCUUUCUUUCCAAAAGAAUCUCUCCCUGUAAGAGAGAGCCUUUGCUGUUAUAUGCAUGUGCAACCCCGAACUAGCUGUAGCGCAUGGGACGUAAGAAGAGCAAACUGCAGUCACGCGCCGCACCCCUGAAAGAACCACCAGCAUCCCCACCCGCCCCCACCUCUUUAGUCCAAGAUGAGCUGUCCAAUCCGUCCCCAUCCAAUCAAGCCGAACCCACCACCCCUCUUUCUGACUUUGUAAAGCUUGAGUGCGAACGGGCCCUUUCUGCACUUCGCCGUGGGAACCACAGCAAAGCCCUGAAGCUCAUGAAAGAGUUGACGCAGAGCCAUAAAAGAUCCGCGCUCCUGCACUGCAUCCAUGGCACUAUUUCCGCCAAGGUGGCGGCCCUUAUCGAGGAACCUGCCAUCAAGAACCGCCACCUCAAGAAUGCUAUCGAGUCUGCAAGAAAGGCUGUUUCUCUGUCGCCCAACUCCAUCAGGUACGCAUACUUCCACGCAAACCUCCUCUAUGGGUUGGCGGCCGCCAAUGACGGGAAGGGCUAUGAUGAGGUGGUGAAGGAGUGUGAGCGGGCCCUGUUAAUUUCCAACCCGGUCGAUCCCGCCAAGGAGAGCUUGCAGGACGAGAUUGAUUGGAUUGAUGAGAUUGAGCCAGAGCUUUCAAUGCCUGAUGCCCGGAUUGCCCAUGUCCAGCAAGAGCUCCGGCACCUUACCAAGAAAUCAAACAUCGCAUUAGUCUUGAUAUGGCUAAUGAAUCAGGAGGAGCCGCAAAAGGAGAAGUUCAGGCUGAUCCCGGUUCAUGAGUUGGAGGACCCAAUGGGGGGGACAGACGUGCCCAUCAGGAUCAAGAAGGCAGACAAGACGCAGGAAGAGCGGCGGAAGGAGAUUGAAGCCCAAGUGGCAGCUGCGAGCCUCCUGCAGCUGAAAUCGGAUUCACCAAAGCCCCAGCUAGAUGAUGAUCGAAUCUUCUUUGAAUCUUCUUAUGGGCCCCUGGACAGAUUGGCCGACAAGCGGAACCUUGCAGAACAUCAGAUGAUUACAAAUUUGGACCUCAAGAUUAAUACAGUUCAGAAGUAUUGGAACACGUUGAGUGUCGAGAAGAAACAGAGUUUUCUUGAAGUGAGUUUUCACGAUCUCAGGGCCCACUACGCAUCAGCAAAGGAUGGGUUAGCAACAGAUGUGCUUUCGGAAGCUCUCUCAUUUGCUGAGAGUAACAAGACCUGGAAGUUCUGGGCCUGCUGCAGCUGCGGUGAGAAGUUCAUGGACUGCGAAUCCCAUAAGCAGCAUGUGUGGGUGCACAUUGGCAAUCUCUUCCUGGAAAUGCAGCCAGACUUGCCCAAAGAGCCUGACAGUGGCUGGGUUGAUAUGCUUCUUAAUGGUUGUUGGGAACCGGUCGAUCUCCUUGCUGCUAUGAAAAUUCUCAAAAAUCGGGCAAGACACCAACCUCUCAGAACAGUUGACUCCUCCGAUGUUGGCACCCAUAUUGAUGUGAGCAACAAGGAUCAUUUAUCUGACAAUUUGGGCUCAAAAGGUACAUCAGAAGUUCAGGCAGUGGAUGUGGAGUCUGAGGCAGGAGUGGUAUGCAGUGGAAGCCUUGUGGAAAGUGGAAGCCACAGUGGCAUUUCCAGCUCUGGUAAUGAACAGAGGGUGUUGGCAUAUCCCAGCUUACAAAGAUGGCCAUUGGUUGAUGAUCCCAAACGUUCCAAACUCCUUAAAGAAAUUCAUCGCAUGUUUGAGUUGCUUCUGAAGCACAAGUGUCUCGCUGAUAGUCAUGUCAAGUACGUGAUACAAUACUCCAUGUAUGAGCUUCGGGGCCUUGCACCAGGUUUGAAAUUGCAAAUGCAUGGGCUGGACCAGACACCUGUCUGCAUUUGCUUCUUGAGUGCUACCCAGCUUUGGAAGACAAUCCUCUUCUUGCAGGAGCUCCUGAAUUCGUGUCGGUUAGGUAGCGAAUCUGAGAAGACCACCUCAGCAGAUGAUACCCGUGGUAUCGACACUCUGGUAAGUGAUGUUCUAGAGGGGAUUACUCUCAGUGAUGAUUCAUAUCAUCUCAUUUUAAACGAGUGUUUGUUGACAGCUGGAGUUAUUUCUAAUAAAGCUGAAGAUGCUAGCAUUGGUGAUGGUAGGGCAGUUGCUGUUCUUGGUGAAGAUGGAGGGCCACACGGGGAUGCCUUUUUAUCCUGGAUGUUUGCCUCUUCUUCAACUGAUGUAGAACCUGUACAAUGGACUCGUCUGAGGGAAGACAGAGGCCGUCGGGGAAUGGAGAUUCUUCAAAGGCUUGAGAAGGAGUUUAAACACUUAAAGAAACUCUGUGAAAAGAAGCGUGAACGUCUGAACUUUGUGAAGGCUUUGAAUGCUAUUCUAAACCUCUGUUUCCAAGAACAUGCAAAAAAGGAUCGCUCUGUGGAAUACGUUGCUCAAAGUCACGAAGCUCUCUUGAGGAACCGGCAGAGCGAGCUUGCAGAAAGAAAAGAUGAUCCAGUGUUGAUCAAUAGUGAGCUGAUUACUAGUGAGCUGAUUACUAUUUCACUUGUUCUUAAAGAAUGUCAGGCUUCCAAUGUUACUCAAUCUGGACAACCUGGCGUCCUUUCCCAUUUUUGUGAUUUGGAGUCCAGCAACGAGGAGGAUUUGAGAAUGCAGGACAACCCACAUCAAACUGACAAGAGCAUACUAUUAGGAAUAAGAAACUUAAAGGCAAAGUUCUCUCUGGAGAUCGGUAAACUUGAUGCAAGGAUCAGGCAGAACCUCACUGACAUUCAGCAGUUGGAACAUGAACUUGAGGUCAUCUCUGCCUUUGAUUACCGGGAAAUUCUGUUCUUCCUUGUGAAGGCAUUCUUGCGGGCACAUUUGGAGGAUCUAGUUGACAAAGAUGCCAAUGAGAAAUCUGAUGCUGCUAGAGAAGCCCUUCUAGAGCUUUCACUUGAGACCAAGAACCUUAUCAACAAAGGAGGUGGUAAUUCAAAACAGAUUCAGGAGAAGUCGAAGAAAAAGAAAAACAAAAAGGAUUAUAGAAGAGCUAAGGAUCUAAAGGGUUUUGGUCAUGACAAAGAGAUUCUCUCUCAUCAGGAAACUGCAGAACAAGUUACCUUGUUUCGUGCAACUGAUGCUAAUCAGAGAGAGUCCAAGAUUGUAGUUACUGAAAGUGGUGAUAACUUGAAACAACUAGAAGAGGAGUUUAGCCGUAAGAUUGAGCUUGAAGCAGAUGGAAAAAAGGUUGAGGAAACUCUUGAGUAUCAAAUGCGAAUAGAAAAUGAGCCUAAACAGAAAUGCCUAGCAGUAGAAUAUGAGAAGGGAAGUGGGAAGAAUGUAACAGAGGGAUCAUUAAUUGAUGCAAAGUCCAACAUUGGUUACCAAGAUCCACUUGAGCAGUUACAACAUAGUAAGCAAGGAAACAUACACAGUGAAGGCUCUCCAGUUAGUUCGAAGGGGAUUGAGCUUGCUGGCUCCCAAUCUCCACAAGCUUUGAUUCUCAUGGGCAAUCAGAAUAUUGAAUUGAUAUUUGGUUCUAUUACACCUGAUUUACUUCUGAAGUCAAAAGUACAGAAAGUCUCAUUUAGCUAUGAUGCGAAGCCUCAGGAACCUUACACUGAUCUGGAUGUAUCCGUGGGUUGUGGGUUGCCAAAAGAUUCAGCAAGCUCGCACACAAAAUCUGUUGAGAAGACUGCAAUCCCUGGCCCAUUGAAACAAGUAAUUUCAGAAGAUGGUGUUUCACAGACCAGAAGGCAUGAACAUAGUCAGAACCCUACGGGUGAUGGAAAUUCUCAAACCCUGUCUAGGGAAGAAAACCAUGAACCCAACCUUUUGCAAUGUGAAGGAAGCAUCAAAAAGCAAACUCAUCCUAUGGAUAAGGAUUAUUUUCCUGGUGGCUGCAUCGAUCCACAUGUAGGAGAUAAUGAAACAAAGGCACUAAGACAGAUACAUGCAGAGGAGCAUGAUGAGGACGGAUUCCAAGCUGACCUUGAAAAAUCUGUACAAGAGACAAUUGACACGUUCGGAGCACAAAAAGAUUUGCUAGAAGAGAUAUCUACAACAACGAACGAUGAUUGUAGGGAUUCACAUUAUGAAGUUGGAAUCAACAUUGAGAGUGGAAGAGGUGCAUUCGGAACAGGGCUGAAAAAUGAUGCCGGUGACUACAAUUGCUUUUUAAAUGUAAUUAUACAGUCCCUGUGGCAUGUUAGACGGUUUCGAGAGGAGUUCCUGAAGACAUCGAAAUCACUGCACCAGCAUGUCGGAGAUCCUUGUGUUGUCUGUGCAUUACAUGAUAUUUUUACAGCCCUGAGCAUAACAUCUGCAAAAACACAGACAGAAGCAAUUGCUCCUACUUCUCUGAGAAUUGCUUUAGGCAAAUUGUAUCCUGAUAGCAAUUUCUGUCAGGUGGGGCAGAUGAACGAUGCUUCUGAAGUACUAGCUGUAAUCUUUGACUGCCUACAUAGGUCAUUUACUUCUAGUUCUGGUGCUUCCGAUUCUAAAUCAGAAGAAAGUAAGACGGGCUCCUGGGAUUGUGCAAGCAAAGUUUGUAUAGCACAUACUCUUUUUGGGAUGGAUAUCUUAGAACAGAUGAAAUGUGAUAGCUGCUGUGUGGAGUCUAGAUGUUUAAAGUACACUUCAUUUUUUCACCAUAUCAAUGCCAAUUUACUUCGAACAAUGAAGUUUACAUCUUCAGGUAGCUCUCUUGAUGAGCUUUUGAAGCUUGUGGAGAUGAAUCAUCAGUUACCUUGUGAUCCAGAGGCUGGUGGCUGUGGAAAGCAGAACUCUAUCCAUCACAUUCUUUCUACAGCUCCACAUGUAUUCACAGCAGUCGUAGGCUGGAAGAAUACACAAGAAAGUGAGAAUGAUGUGUCAGCUACAUUGGCAGCCAUUACCACUGAGUUAGAUAUUGGUGUACUGUAUCAUGGUCUGGGUCAGGGGAACAGACAUUGCCUGAUUUCAGUGGUUUGCUAUUAUGGGCAACACUAUUUCUGCUUCGCUUACAGUCAUGAGCAUGAACGGUGGGUCAUGUACAAUGAUACAACUGUGAAGGUGAUUGGUGGCUGGGACGACGUUCUUACCAUGUGUAAGGAAGGGAAUAUGCAACCUCAGGUUCUUUUUUUUGAGGCUAUAAAUUAGCUAUUCGGAGAAGAAACCUACUCUUCUUGCCAAUUACCUCACUACAAUCUGGUUUAACUUGUCAGUUGCACUCUGUACCAUAGAUAUAGGCAUUCGUUUCUUUUUCCUUUUUUCCACCUUUGAUGAUGCAUCUCCUGUCAUGGUGAGUCAAGCAAAUUGGCUUUAGGCAAACACACAUAGAAAACGGUUUGUUUUGGGAAAUUAGAUGAUUGAAGAGAUGAAAGUAUAGCUAUCAAUGUCUAUGAGGCCAGCUCCGUUUCAGCACAUGUAGGUUCCUGUAUUUUCAUCUAAUAAGGUGGUGCAGCAAGACCAAGUUUUAAAUGGCAUGGAUGCAUAAAGAGUGCUUAUCGUGGCAUGAACUAGGAACGGCAAUGACACUACUAGCCUUGAACAUGUGAGGCGGAUUGUUGGGAGAGAAUGGAAUCCUGCAGAAGACAAGACUUGUUUGCGUCACGGAAGUGAUUUCUUUUUACAGUGAGUUGAGGUCUUUACUGUAGCUAUGAUUGUUAUAUGCAUGAUGAUGAAGAAAAAUGUAUCUUUCGAAUUGCCUUCAUUUCAGUUAAAUUCUUGAAUAAACCACAAUUUGAGCAAUCUUUAUCUGUAGAAGAGCUACUGUACAUAUAGACAUCAAUGGAAAAUCGAGAAAUAAGAGAUUGUACAUGUUUGGAAUA